GCCUCCCGUCAGCUGCCGCUGCGGCCCACACGGCGGGGCCAUGGGGGAGAGCCGGGGCACGGCGGCGCUGCGGGAGGCGGCCGGGCCGCAGCGGAGCUCUUCUCCGAGUGCUGUUGAAAACGGCUUGAAACCUCACGAGGAGCCUCUUCUCAGAAAAAACCCCCGUCGCUUCGUCAUCUUCCCCAUCCAGUACCCGGACAUAUGGAAGAUGUACAAACAGGCCCAGGCCUCCUUCUGGACGGCGGAGGAGGUUGAUUUAUCAAAGGACCUUCCUCACUGGAACAAGCUAAAAGCAGAUGAAAAAUACUUUAUCUCUCACGUUCUGGCCUUUUUUGCAGCCAGCGAUGGAAUUGUAAAUGAAAACCUGGUGGCACGCUUUAGCCAGGAGGUGCAGAUCCCAGAAGCUCGCUGUUUCUAUGGCUUUCAGAUUCUCAUUGAGAACGUCCACUCGGAGAUGUACAGCUUGCUUAUAGACACUUACAUCAAAGAUCCUGAGAAAAGGGAUUUCUUAUUUAAUGCUAUUGAAACAAUGCCUUGUGUCAAGAAGAAGGCAGACUGGGCUCUGAAGUGGGCUGAAGACAGAGAAUCCACUUUUGGUGAGAGAGUUGUUGCCUUUGCUGCAGUCGAAGGCAUCUUCUUCUCGGGCUCGUUCGCUGCUAUAUUUUGGCUGAAGAAGAGGGGCCUGAUGCCUGGACUGACUUUCUCCAAUGAACUCAUUAGCAGAGAUGAGGGCCUACACUGUGAUUUUGCUUGUCUAAUGUUCCAUUAUUUAGUGAACAGACCGUCAGAAGAGAGGGUCCGGGAGAUCAUCGUUAACGCUGUUGAAAUUGAACAGGAGUUUCUAACAGAGGCAUUACCUGUAGGUCUGAUUGGAAUGAAUUGCACUCUGAUGAAACAAUACAUUGAAUUUGUCGCAGACCGGUUACUAAUGGAGCUUGGGUUCUCAAAGGUCUUUCAUGCAGAAAAUCCUUUUGAUUUCAUGGAGAAUAUUUCUCUGGAAGGAAAAACAAAUUUCUUUGAGAAGCGGGUUUCGGAAUAUCAGCGUUUUGCUGUUAUGGCAGAAACAAUGGACAACGUUUUCACUCUGGAUGCAGAUUUUUGAUGCCUUGGCAAACUAACGGUGACGGUUUCCCCAUCUCACUUAUUGCUGUGAAGUUAUCUCCAUUUCCUCUGUUGGAGUUGGAGGCUACCUGGAUUUUUUCCUGGGUUUUCAUGUUGUUUGUUGGAAGAGUAAAUACUUUUUGCUCUGUGUCAUUAAAAAAGAAAAAAGGGGGUCCUUUUUAAAAAAAUUUAUAUGGCUUUUUAAAAGGAUGUCCUUUUUAAGAUUCCCUUGAUCCAUCUGCUGUAAUUGCUGUCUUUAAAGAUGACCUGGAUACUAUUACUUUUUUUAAGACUUCAGUAGUAUUUUAAGAAAGCAAGCUGUAUAUUUACCUUAUGUUACGGUGUUCUACUCUGAAAACCAGGUGAGGUAUCACUCUAUGUAUAUAUGUUGAUGUAAGUUAUUUUUGUGGUUUCUCUUUUCAUGUUUAUAGAUCUGAUUGAGAGUAAAAGCUCUUCACUUUCAUCCUGCUGCAGAUGUAGUAGUAAGUGAAUGCUAGAAGACAUUAGUUGAAUAAAGUACGAACUAUAAAAUCUUAUUACACCCAGGGAUACAGUUUGAUCUCUGCAAAAACCUAAACCUGGGUUUUGUCUGAAGCAGAUUUUACUCUUUUUGCAAACCUGAUGGCUGUCAGUAGGAGUUUAAAUCACAUACAUAUGAUCUUUAUAUUACAGCUGUUACUAAGCAUGUCAGUGGACCUUGAAUGGCCUUGAAAACGCAAGCCUGUUAAUAGUGGAGAAAAAAACACAUCCUGUAGUUUGGCUUGUGCUGCCUGGUUUUCCCUGCUUCUCUAAACAAGUGCCUUAUUAAGCAGUCUGUAGUUGUGCUGGGCUGCGUGGCUGGAACGGUGAGCUCUGGGUGUUGUCUGUCUUCUCCCCGUUGUGCCGGGUGAUUUGAUAUUUUCCCCUUCUCAGUUUCACCUGUGCAUUGAUGGGAGUGUGAAGGCAUAUCAUUCCAAGGGAUUAUGCCUUGAGGUGUUACAGACAUACUCCUUGAGCUGCAAGGAAGCGCCGGUAAUGCACUGAGGUACUUCACGUUGCAUGUUUAAUGUGAACCAUGGAAAGUAUUGCCACAGAAGAGCUUCUGGAGUACGGUAUUAAACCUUUCAAAAACAAAUCUUGAAGUAGUAUGGGUUAGCAGCAUCACAUAAGACUGCUGUUUGGUUUUUGGUGUGUGCCCAAAAACUUCUUUAAUUUUUUGAUACCACAUGCAGAGAAUGGAGCAGUUUAAGAAAACCUUGAUAUACUGCAGUGAUACUUGGGAUGUACGGAAUAGUACUGACUCGUAGGUGGAUUAUCUACAAAUAGAUAGGCUCUUUUUUUUCCAAAGAUUAAGUACAUGUUCAUGAGCUAGACGAAGAGUUCUGCUUUAUUAAACCCAAACAUUUUUCCAUAAUGUUUAGUGAUUUGUACAAGAGCUUUUUAAGUCUUUCCUGCUGUUACAAGCAUCUUGUGCUGCUUUCGAUAUGCUUGGCAUGAGCUGAGCUGACAUCAGUUACUGCUGGUGGGAUGGUUACAAGUGUUAUUCCCCGCCAUAGCCCUGAGUAGUGGAGUUCCACGAAAUGGGCUCACUGCAUUAACAUAGUUCCUAGUGAGCAAUUGCCUCUGCUGUGAAAACAAGCAGCAAAAAUGACUUUUUGUUUAAUCGCACUGAUGGAGUACGGAGUGAGUACGCAAACAGUACAGCUUUUUUUUUAAAUUCCUUGAGCAGAACCUGCAUCAUUUACCAUAAGGUCCGUGCAGGGGUAGAGGGAGAUGUGGAGAAUAUAGAGAAAAGCUGGAGUUGUUGUCACUAAGUAAUGUCCUACAACCACAAGAGGACUGUGGAAUCUGGAGAGAAAAUCCAGCACCUUCUGCAAAUACUGUUCAUGGCAGACAAAAUGCUGCAAGUGGGUCUGUUGUUGGAGGAGUGGAACCUGUUUUUAUGUCACUAAAAGUAAUAAAAAGCAUUUGUUUUGAGUGUUGUGAAUUAAGAUGAGAGUAUACAAACUGUUCAAAUACGAAACUGUUAUGUGCUCAGGUUCUCUAAAUGUACGUGAGAUACCAAAGUGGUCAUAACUCCCCCGUCUACCCCCAGCUUGCAUGUAAAAUAGUUCUGUAGUUUCAAUAAAACUUGAACAUGGAGAGGAA